AAACGGUUUCUCGAAGUUUUUGGAGUAGCUUUGGAGUGGUCUGAAUUUCCGAUUGUCAGGGUGCGAGAAGUGAGCCCAGCUGCACAGAAAAGUUCCGCGAUGUUAAGGCUUCCGGGAAUCCAUCUUCAGAAGCGUCUUGGGGCACCCGCCCCUCUAAGGGAAAAGCAGACCCAAGAUGACUCCCAAGAUGGAUUCCGGUAAGAUUUAACAAAUGCUGUCGGCGACAUCCUCAUAGUGUUGGCAGGCAACCGAAUCACCCUGUUGGCACAAGCGAAGGGGUCGGAUCCGAACGCGGCUUUAUUGAGUCUCUGUGAGAAUUAAGGCUCACCCUAAUCCAUCUUUUGAAGCAUCUUAGACCUGUUCCAUAAGGCGGGGAAAUAGGUCUAAGAUGAGUCCCGCGAUGGAUUGGGGUGAGCUUUAAGAGAAAGCGCUGAAGCAAAGCAAGUCCGGAACCGUGUCCUUCAUUUUCGUGCGUGGCACCGUAGCCGAGCGAUUCAUGCAGCUGAGUGUUCCGAAGGAAGCAGUCUCGGAUCCGAGUCUCCUAGGUCUUAAACUGGAUAGGCGGAAAACCACAACGAUAGCGUUAAGGCUUAGACUCAUAUAGUUUUUAAAAAACAAAUUUUUGUUUGAGAGUAAUAAUAUGUAGACACUAAUAGCUAUUGAGCGGAGUACUCCUCUGCACAGAUGCAAUCAGUUUCUUUCUUUGAAGUAAAAUAGUUUCUUGAAUUCUAAGGCCAAUGUGAUUGUUUGAGAGAACAUAUGUAGACACUAAUAGCUACAGUAGAGGUACCACGACAUGACAUGGCCUUCCUCGUAGGUCUCAACUAAUCAUCUUUCUUAUUCUUACGAAGGAGGAGCAUCUUCAUCUUGGAAGGGUUGUUCGCUCGCCAACAAGGGAAAAUCAUGGCUCCCAAGAUGGUGCUCAAGAAUGCUAGGAUGAAUAUCGGCCGCAAGGUCUUCUAAUAGCUUCCGUGACUCCAGGUUCCUGGGCAGAGGUCAAUGUUGAACUUCAGAUGGGAG